UAAGUGCUGUUUCUGACCAAUAUACUAGAUUCACGUCAAGAAAAUUUUCCUGGAGGAAACUUUCUCUGUGUAUCUGAGGGAAAAUUUGUUUUGACGUUUGUCAUGAAACCUUGAAUGAAAAACACUUCUUGUGUUUGUCAGGCUAGUGCUGAAUUUUACCGCUACCAUGUCUGGAGUAACAGAGAACGUUAAUACAUCUGGAGAACCCAAUAAUGGAGAUCAAAAUCCUGAAUCUUCAAAAUCCGCGGAAGGGGACAGUAAAGAAGAUAAGACAUUCGAAUGUAAUAUUUGUUUAGAUACUGCUAAAGAUGCUGUCGUUAGUCUGUGUGGCCACUUAUUUUGCUGGCCUUGUUUACAUCAGUGGCUAGAAACACGGCCCACAAGGCAACUAUGUCCAGUAUGUAAAGCUAGCAUUAGCAAGGAAAAGGUUGUACCAUUAUAUGGUAGGGGAAGUAGUAAACAAGAGGACCCAAGAGAAAAAGUUCCUCCUCGGCCAGCUGGGCAAAGAACAGAACCAGAACCAGGUUCCUCAUUUCCUGGUUUCGGUUUUGCUGACAAUGGUUUUCAUAUGUCCUUUGGAAUAGGAGCUUUUCCUUUCGGAUUUUUCACUUCUUCAUUCAACUUUGUGGACGGAAGACCAACAGCAGCCGCAAGGGGGACUCAGCAACAAAUCGAAGAGCAAUUUUUAUCAAAGAUAUUCCUCUGGAUGGCAGUUUUGUUUGUGGCAUGGCUGCUUCUGGCCUAAAAGGCGUUGUUGGUAAAAAAAUUGAUAUGUACAUAAGAGUUUGAAGUUUAUUUAUAUGUAUAUGUUUUGUUAAAUUUUAAAGGUCAUUUUCUCGGGCGUCAAAUUAUAUUCGAUAUGAUUCAGAAAGUAUACAUUUUUAUAUACCUAGAGUCAAUAAAAUGGUGACAUUUUGA